GGAUGGGGGCACAGCUAACGCAGCAUAAUAAGCCAGGGCUGCUUGGUUACCUUCCAAACAAAGCUGCUGAUUUGUUGAAGCAACAACAAGAGGAGGGGAAACGCGAGACAGAGAGACAGAUAGGAAAGAGGGGGAGGACAGUGAGAGCUGAGGUGAGUGAUUGUGCCUUGCCACACAGACUUGAAGUGUAUUCUCCCUUGGAGACAGUAGCAAUGCUGGAGCUUUGCAUGCCAGCACAACUGUAGAGUCUCCACUUCCCUGCACCGCCGCUGGGCUGUGUGACUAUUCGGAGGGAAGGACCGCAUCAGGAACGGCGAGGGAGCCGGGGCUUGAGAGUUCCAGAAAGUCUGGGCCAAAGACGGAGGAGCCGGUGCGCUGACGGGGAAGGGGGCUUUUUAAGUGUGUGGAGGCAGAGCAGGGGAGUCAGCAUUCUGAGGAUGCACCGAGGUAGCAGAGGGAGCUGCUGAGCGUUCGGCUUCUGUACCCGCAUUCACACCCCCACACAGACCUUCCACAGGAGGACAGUGUGUGGCGCCCCCAGCGGAGAAUGAAGAAGCACUCGGCCCGAGUGGCCCCUCUCAGCUCCUACAGCACUCAGGUCCUCACCUGCCCCAACUCUGAAGGAGAGGAUGGUUCAGAGUCUCGUCCAGAGACCCCAGGCAGUGACGCCAGCAUAGAGACUCGGUCCUAUCAGACAUGUGCCAACACUGCUCUGAAGGUGCUGGGGGGUCUUCUGAUGGUGCUAUGCGUGUCCUCCUCCUGGGUGGGUACCACUCAGGUGGUGAAGCUGACCUUCCAGUCAUUUUCCUGUCCCUUCUUCAUCUCCUGGUUCAGCAGCAACUGGAACAUCCUCUUCUUCCCCAUCUACUACUCUGGACAUUUUUUUGUCACGGGCGAGAAGCAGACUCCCAUUCAGAAAUUCAGGGAGUGCAGUAAACUCUUUGGGGAGGACGGAAUCACUCUGAAGCUUUUCAUAAAAAGGACAGCACCCUUCUCCAUCCUGUGGACACUGACCAACUACCUGUACCUCUUAGCCUUGAAGAAACUGACCGCUACGGACGUUUCUGCCCUCUACUGCUGCCACAAAGCCUUUGUCUUUCUCCUCUCAUGGAUCGUCCUCAAGGACCGGUUCAUGGGUGUUCGGAUCGUUGCAGCAAUAAUGGCUAUCACGGGUAUCGUCAUGAUGGCUUAUGCAGAUGGCUUUCAUGGGGAUUCCUUUGUGGGUGUGGCACUGGCUGUGGGCUCUGCUUCGACUUCAGCUCUCUACAAGGUUUUGUUCAAGAUGUUCCUCAGUAGUGCCAACCUUGGAGAGGUGGCUCAUUUUCUUUCCACGAUGGGCUUCUUCAACCUCGUAUUCAUCUCCUGUGUCCCCCUCAUUCUCUACUUCACCAGGGUGGAGCCCCUGGGCUCCCUGUCCUCACUACCCUGGGGUUACCUGUUUGGACUGGCAGGACUGUGGCUGGUCUUUAAUAUUCUGGUCCACGUGGGAGUGGUGCUGACUUAUCCCAUCCUCAUCUCCAUAGGGACUCUGCUCAGUGUGCCGGGAAACGCAGCUGUAGAUGUUUUGAAACACGAGGUGAUCUUCAGCGUGGUGCGGCUGGCAGCCACCUGCAUCAUCUGCCUGGGGUUUCUGCUGCUUCUGCUGCCAGAGGAGUGGGAUUCGGUCACCCUUCAGUUCUUCGCCAACAUCGCCGACAAGAAGUCGGAGGAACACGGAGAGGAACUGACAGAGUCCAGUGGCCAGACUCGAAGUCGGAGUCGAGCAAACGGGACCGUCUCCAUUCCCUUGGCGUGACGCGGCUGGAUUCUGAUGUUAACAACGGUCAAACUCAUCCUUUCUGCUUCCUCUCUGAGGUUCUGGCAGGAGGCUCAGUCCACUUGGAUGUCUAAUUCAGGAGGACAGGACGGAUUAAGUUCAAAUGUAAUCUUUGUUUGGGAGAUGUAUUCACAAGGGGAGAGGAGAACCCUUAUGGAUCAUGCAAACCAGAAAGAGGCUGAAAGGGGUUUUUAUUGUCCGGAAAUAGUCGCAACGCUCCAUCUUUAUGUCCUGCACGCGCCCCCAAGCGAGAGUUGACUGGCUUCUCCUGACAUGCUCUGCGGACUGUAUUCUGUGAAUAUAAAUUUUGGCAGGGCCAGUUUGGCUCAAAAUAUUUCUAUUUAUUUAAAUCUGUUCCAGCCAGAGUAUUGAUUUUAAGUCUAACCGAGCAGUCCUGCUGACGAGAAUUGUUAUUAUGCUACGCGUGAUGCAGAAGCUCUUUUGGUUUUAUAAUAAAAGACUUGAAAACCUU